AAAAGGGCAGCCCGGCUGUGGAGGGCACCAACCUGCCAAGAUGGUGCUCACCGAGGAAGACAAGGCCAGGGUGCGGGCUUGCUGGGUCCCUGUGAGCAAGAACGCCGAACUCUACGGAGCGGAGACCAUUACGAGGUUGUUCGCAGCUCACCCAACCACCAAGACCUACUUCCCCCACUUCGACGUGAGCCCGGGUUCCAACGACCUCAAGGCUCAUGGCAAGAAAGUGAUCGACGCGCUCACCGAAGCCGUCAACAACCUGGACGAUGUGGCGGGAGCCCUUUCCAAGCUCAGCGACUUGCACGCCCAGAAACUUCGCGUGGAUCCCGUCAACUUUAAGUUUCUGGCCCACUGCCUCGAGGUAACCAUCGCCGCUCACAACGGUGGGCCCCUCAAACCCGAAGUGAUUUUGUCCCUUGACAAAUUCAUGGAUAUAGUCUCCAAGGUGCUGGUUUCCAGGUACCGCUAGAAGGAAGAAUGCACACCCUUGCCUGUGCUCGGAAACAAUGGCCCUCUUCCUCUCCAGUAUCUCUCCUACUUCUUGGAUAACCUUGUCAACCUCUCUUGCCUGCACGUCUUCUGCUCUGUGGGGUUCACUUGUGGGACCCCAAUUUGGGUGUCUCCCUGGAGCCUGAAUUACUAGUUGCCCUGUGGCUGAAUUGACCAAGCCAAGGUCUGAGCUCUCUGCAGUGGGACUGAGCAACCAAAGAUCUAAAAGCAUGGAUGAUUUUUCAACCGCCCUCAUGUCAUCCACCACCAUUAAUGCCUGAGCUGGUUCUACUUCCACUGUUGUGCAAACUAUUGUUUCCAUUGCUUCCCCCCCACCCUUCCUUGUCGAAUCUUCAUUAUUACAACAAAUUAAUAAAAGCACAGGAAAAAGA